AUGGAGAAAGUUGUGGACAUGAUAGUGUAGCACACAGGUUAGACCCCCUUGAUAGCCACACAGUCAGUGUGAUCCGCAUUCCAGCUCAUUCUUCUGGCCUGCGAUGGUGCACGAUUCAGCGAGACAAUUACACGGUUAGAAGAGAUCCAUGGUCAGGGUGUCGAGUGAUCACGGGAAAACUGAACAACCAAUACUGGUUCUGGUAUAAUAAGUAGUACCGUCAAAGACUUUUCGGGUACUCUUUCUGAGAUUGUCAUCAUGAGCUUUGCAUUCAGCACAUACAGAAGAUGUGCACCAAAGGCCGUUCAGAUGCUUCUCAUUUCUGUGACUUGGUUCUGCAGUGGAGGACACACUUGUUUAAUCAGUCAGUCCCCAAGUUUAGCCUCUUACUUUGGAACCAAAACCAGGUAUGAAGAAGUAAAUCAAUUUCUCCUGGAGAAUCCAAUUCUAGUUAACAGAAAGCAAGAUCUUUUGCCUGACACAUGCACACCUCUCAAGAUCGUAUCUGUAAUCAGACACGGGACAAGGUAUCCAACCAAAAACCAAAUAAAAAAGAUGAAGAAAAUGUACAGUUUGAUUCAGAAGUAUGGCGGUGAUGGGUCAGAGCUAGCUGGAAAGCUUCAGAAAUGGAAUAUGUGGUAUGAAGAUUGGAUGGAUGGACAGCUGGUGAAAAAGGGAGAGCAAGAUAUGAAGAAUCUGGCGAUAAGGUUGGCCACUCUCUUCCCCUCGCUCUUUACCGCUGACAAGUUCAAGAAUUGCAAAAUGUCAUUCCUGACCAGCUCAAAGCAUAGAUGUGUAGAUAGCACAAAAGCCUUUAUUAGCGGACUUGAACAUGGUUAUUUUGGCUUUCCUCCAAACUCUGGUGCUGAAAUGGAAGAUGUGCCAUGUAGAGAACCAGUCAUCAACGACACACUGAUGCGUUUUUUUGACCAUUGUGAGAAGUUUGUGGUCCAAGUAGAAGACAACGACACAGCGAUGCAUGAACUGGACAAAUUUAAGCAGGGUCCAGAAAUGACGAAAGUUAUUCGCAAAAUCUCAGCUCACCUGAAUGUUCCCGAACGUGAGCUAAGCGCAGAUUUAAUUCAAGUGGCCUUUUUCACUUGCUCAUUUGAACUGGCCAUUAACAAUGUUGCGGACUCUCCGUGGUGUAAAUUGUUUGAUGAAGAAGAUGGAAAGGUCCUAGAAUAUCUCAAUGAUUUGAAACAGUACUGGAAACGUGGGUACGGAUUUGAUAUUAACACCAGAUCCAGCUGUAACUUAUUUCAGCAUAUCAUCAAACAUUUAGAUGCUGCAGUCGCUGAAAGCAAAAGGUCCCAACAAAUUUCCACCCCGGUGGUAAUGCAGUUCGGGCAUGCAGAGACACUUUUGCCACUGCUCGCUCUCAUGGGUCUGUUUAAGGACGAGGAGCCCCUCACUGCCGAUAGCUUCAGCUCACAGGGCGAUAGGAAGUUUCGCAGCGGCCAGAUAGUACCCUACGCUUCCAACCUGGUGUUUGUGUUGUAUCACUGUGAGUUGGCGAAGACUCCGCAGGAAGAGUUCCAAGUCCAGAUGCUGCUGAAUGAGAACCUCCUUCCGUUUCCUCACUCGCACGAGUCUGUCUGUCUUUAUGAAGACCUGAAGAAGCAGUACGGCCACCUCCUCAAUUACUGCCAUGUUAAAGAAGAGUGCGAUUUAUUUAAAGCUAUGCAUGCUUCGGAGGACGAGCUUUGAAAUGCAGAUUAACUUGUUGCUGUGUGAUUGCAGAACAAAAACUUUUAGAAUGUGUGUAAUUUUACUUUCCUUGGUCAUAUCCCAGCCCUACCUUAAAUGAAUAGCUUACUAAUUAUAGAGGCUCAAAUCAUUAGUGGAUCUGGCAACAUAUAUGACCAUGGGGGAAAAGGGUACCUUUUAAGCUCUACUUCUCCUAGAAGUGAGAAAAUAAGACCUAAUAAGAAAAAAAUGAAA